AUGCUCGCGCAAUCCAUCAGGGCCUCGCGCCAGGCGCUCGCACGCGUUGCUCGCCAGCAGCCUACCAUUGCCCGCCGCACCUUCAUCACCCCUACGGCCGUUCGCUCAGCCGAUCUGGUGCAGGACCUCUACCUCCGCGAGCUCAAGAACUACAAGGUUCCCCAGGUCAAGGCCAGCGACGCCGACGCCCACGUCCAGAAGUUCUCCAUCCCCGCGGCGCCCAAGUCCCCCGAGGAGACCGACAUCGCGAGCGAGCUCAAGGCCUACGAGACCCAGCAGCCCGACGUUGGCACUGAGGCGACCGCAGAGGACGGUCAGGUCCUGCCCGAGGAGGACUGGUUCGUCGAGGAGGAGGAGUCGAUCACCACCCCCCACUAA